CAGCUAUGUAACGUGUUUCGAUCCCAUGAGAUGGAAAUUGACCAGUGCCUGCUGGAGUCCCUUCCCCUGGGCCAGCGGCAGCGUCUGGUGAAGCGCAUGCGCUGUGAGCAGAUCAAAGCCUACUAUGAGCGCGAGAAGGCCUUGCAGAAGCAGGAAGGGUUCCUGCGGAGGCUGAGGCAUGGGAAGCACCAGAAAGUGCAUUUCAACCUCGCCGACAUGAUCCAGGACGCCAUCAUCCACCACAACGACAAAGAAGUGCUCCGGCUCCUGAAGGAAGGGGCGGAUCCACACACUCUCGUCUCCUCAGGAGGGUCCCUGCUCCAUCUGUGUGCUCGCUAUGACAAUGCCUUCAUCGCAGAGGUCCUGAUUGACAGAGGAGUCAACGUCAACCACCAGGAUGAGGACUUCUGGACGCCAAUGCACAUCGCUUGUGCAUGUGACAACCCUGACAUUGUCCUGCUGCUUGUCCUGGCCGGAGCCAAUGUCCUUCUCCAGGACGUCAAUGGAAAUAUCCCGCUGGAUUACGCUGUGGAAGGGACAGAAUCCAGCUCUAUCCUGUUGACCUACCUGGAUGAAAACGGAGUGGAUCUGACCUCCCUGCGCCAGUUGAAACUGCAGAGACCCAUGAGUAUGUUAACAGAUGUCCAGCACUUCCUGUCGUCUGGAGGCAAUGUCAACGAGAAGAAUGAUGAAGGAGUAACCCUGUUACACAUGGCGUGUGCAAGUGGCUACAAGGAGGUGGUGUCACUUAUCCUGGAGCAUGGUGGAGACCUCAAUAUUGUGGAUGACCAGUACUGGACGCCCCUCCAUCUGGCAGCCAAGUACGGCCAGACAAACCUGGUGAAACUUCUUUUGCUACAUCAGGCGAACCCAAACCUUGUGAACUGUAACGAAGAGAAGCCCUCAGACAUCGCCGCCUCUGAGUUCAUCGAGGAGAUGCUGCUGAAAGCCGAAACUGCCUGGGAAGAGAAAAUGAAAGAGCCCUUCUCUGUCCCCGCCUUAGCACAAGAGGAGCCCUACGAGGAGAUCGUGCCCGCCCUCCCCGCACUGUCCAGCAAGCUUGGUCCCAUGGUGCUUCCAAUUGCCAAGCAAGACAGUUUGUUGGAAAAAGACAUCAUGUUCAGAGAUGCAACAAAGAGUGUGUGUGUCCAGCAGCCUCAGGAUGGGACCCCUGAAAGCAGCCUGGUGAACGGCCCCAGCAAGCCCGAGCAGGUCAAGCUAAUGCCUCCGGCUCCCAACGAUGACCUGGCGACGCUGAGUGAGCUCAAUGAUGGCAGCCUGCUGUACGAGAUUCAGAAGCGCUUUGGGAACAACCAGAUAUACACUUUCAUUGGGGAUAUCCUUCUGCUUGUUAACCCAUUCAAGGAGCUCCCAAUCUACUCUACCCUGGUCUCUCAGCUCUACCUGAGCCACACGGGGAGGCCCAGCCCCUCGCUGCCUCCCCACCUCUUCUCCUGCGCAGAGAGGGCCUUUCACCAGCUGUUCCAGGAGCGGAGGCCUCAGUGUUUCCUUCUCAGUGGGGAGCGAGGAUCUGGCAAGUCCGAGGCCAGCAAGCAAAUCAUGCGGCACCUGACCUUCAGGUCUGACUCCAGCAGGGCUGCAUUCGACGCCAGAUUUAAACACGUCACAUGCAUCUUGGAAGCCUUUGGACAUGCCAGGACAACACUCAAUGAUCUGUCCAGUUGCUUCAUCAAGUACUCUGAGCUGCAGUUCUGUGAAAGGAAGAAGCACAUGACUGGAGCCAGAAUCCAUACCUACAUGCUGGAGAAGUCCAGACUGGUUUCCCAGCCUCUGGGCCAGAGAAACUUCCUCAUCUUCUACCUGCUGAUGGACGGGCUGUCCUCGGAGGAGAAGUACGGACUGCACCUGGACCGCGGCUGUGCCCACCGGUACUUGAACCACACCACACGGGAAGAUGUGUCCACAGCAGAGCGCUCUCUGAACAGGGAGAAGUUCGCGGUUUUGAAACAAGCUCUGAAUGUUGUUGGCUUCAGCGCUGUGGAGGUGGAGAACCUAUUUGCUAUUCUAGCAGCAAUAUUGCACCUUGGAGACAUCCAGUUCACCGCGCUGACGGACGCUCACUCUGCCUUUGUUUCUGACCUCCAGCUUCUAGAACAAGUGGCUGGAAUGUUACAAGUGUCCACAGACGAGUUGGCCUCUGCCUUGACCACGGACAUCCAGUAUCUUAAAGGAGACUUGAUAAUACGACGACACACUAUACAGAUUGCUGAAUUUUACCGUGACCUCCUGGCCAAGUCCCUGUACGGCCGCCUGUUUGGCUUCCUGGUGAACACCGUGAACUGUUGCCUGCACAGUCCCGAGGAGCAGGAGCACAGAAGCUUGCAGACCCUAGAUAUUGGAAUCCUGGACAUCUUUGGUUUUGAAGAAUUUCAGAAGAAUGAGUUUGAACAACUUUGUGUCAACAUGACCAAUGAGAAGAUACACCACUACAUCAAUGAAGUGCUUUUCCUACAAGAGCAGACAGAAUGUGUACAAGAGGGGGUUACUAUGGAAACGGCAUAUUCUCCUGGUAACCAGGCUGGAGUUUUGGAUUUCUUUUUCCAGAAGCCGUCAGGAUUGCUCUCUUUAUUGGAUGAAGAAAGCCAAGCGAUUUGGUCCACAGAACCGAACCUUCCCAAAAGGCUACAGAACCUCCUAGAAUCAUCGAACACAAAUGCCGUGUACUCCCCCACGAAGGAUGGGAACGGCAACGUGGCCCUCAAAGGCCAAGGUGCGGCGUUCACCGUCAUGCACUAUGCAGGAAGGGUAAUGUAUGAAAUUGUUGGAGCAAUUGAAAAAAAUAAAGACUCCCUUUCACAGAAUCUUCUAUUUGUAAUGAAAACUAGUGAAAAUGUCGUGAUCAAUCAUUUGUUCCAGUCAAAAUUGUCACCAACGGGAUCCCUCCUAUCUUCAUAUCCUUCCUUUAAAUUCCGAGGACAUAAAUCUGCCCUGCUCCAUAAGAAAACGACAGCUUCCUCAAUUGUUGGAGAGAACAAGAAUUAUCUCGAGCUUAGCACGAUAUUAAAAAAGAAAGGAGCGUCUACAUUUCGGCAAAGACUGGAGCGCAGCGAUCCCACCAGCACAGCGUCACAGCUCAGGAAAUCCCUGGCAGAUAUUACCGGGAAGCUCCAGCGCUGCACCCUGCACGUCGUUCACUGCAUUAAACCCAAUAACUCGCAGCUGCCAGACGUGUUUGAUCACUUCUACGUGUCGGCUCAGCUGCAGUACCUGGGCGUCCUGGAGCUGGUGAAGAUCUUCAGGUUCGGGUACCCCGUGCGCCUUUCCUUUGCGGAUUUCCUGUCGAGGUACAAGCCAUUGGCGGAUACACUCCUGCGUGAGAAGGAGGAGCAGCCCGCAGAGGAGAGGUGCCGGCUUCUUCUCCAGCAGUGUCAACUACAUGGCUGGCAGGUGGGAGUCCACAAGGUGUUCCUGAAACACGGGCAUGCCGACCAGCUCCACAGCCUCUGCCUGCAGCUGCAGAGGAGCAUCAUAACCUGCCAGAAAGUCAUACGAGGGUUUCUAGCACGCCAACACCUGCUUCAGAGAAUGAGCAUCAAACAGCAAGAAGUCACGUCCAUCAAGAGCUUUCUGCAGAACACAGAAGACAGGGCACUGCAAGCCUAUGAUGCCCUGGUCAUUCAGAACGCCUCCGACAUCGCCCGGGAGAAUGACAGGCUCCGGAAGGAAAUGAAUGGUCCCUACCAUAAAGAGAAGCCUGCUACCAGGAGCAAGCAAGAGGAAGGAGCCAGAAGAGCUGAAGACCAGGGUGGGUCCUGGCACGUCCACUCCAGCUCGGUCCCCAUCCCCAUGGCGGUGGACAGCCUGGCCCAGGCUCUCGCUGGACCAUCCAUCCGGUCUCCAUCACUGCACUCAGUGUUCAGCGUGGAUGACAGCAGUGGCCUCCCGUCGCCACGGAAACAGCCUCCGCCCAAGCCAAAGAGGGACCCCAGCACCCGUCUGAGUGCCUCCUACGAGGCUGUGAGCGCCUGCCUCUCAGCGGCCAAGGACACAGCCAGCGAAGCUCUGACGCGACCCAGACCCCACAGUGAUGACUACAGCACCAUGAAAAAGAUCCCCCCUCGAAAGCCAAAGAGAAGUCCCAACACAAAGCUCAGCGGCUCCUACGAGGAAAUUUGGGGCCCCCGGCCCCCAGGCGCCAUGUGUCAGGCAGGUGCACGCCAGGUCCCCGGAACCCCUGGCGCCCAGCGGGCCUGCCCAGCUGAUGGCCCGCAGUGCACCCCGCAGCUGCCACUGCGCCUGCCACUGCCCCAGGGCGACGAGGAUGAUGACACGGAGCCUGUGUACAUCGAGAUGGUGGGGAACGCGGCCAGGGCGGGCGGCCCCGAGGCCGACAGCCCCGACCAGGGCGAGUCCGUGUACGAGGAGAUGAAGUACUUCUUGCCCGAGGAGGGCGGCAGCCUGGGCAUGGUGUCCUUCCUGUCCGCCUCGCCUCUGUUCUCGGACACUCGGAAAGCCUUGGCCUUGGAGGCUGGUGAGGGGAGCUGCCAGCCCCUGAAGGACACGUGCGACAUCCCGCCCCCCUUCCCCAACCUGCUCCCCCACCGGCCUCCGCUCCUGGUCUUCCCGCCCACGCCAGUGACCUGCUCCCCCGCCUCGGACGAGUCGCCGCUGACGCCCCUGGAGGUGAAGAAGCUGCCGGUCCUGGAAACCAACCUCAAGUACCCUGUGCAGUCGGAGGGCUCCAGUCCCUUGUCGCCGCAGUACUCCAAAGCCCCGAAGGGGGACGGCGACAGACCCGCGUCCCCGGGCUGCGCCGUGUCCGAGGGCCCUCGCCAGGCCUCGCCGCCGCCCUCGCCGCCGCCGCCGCCGCCCCCGGGGCCGCCCCCCGCCUGCCGGCCGCCCGCGCACUUCGCCUGCCCGCCCGGGGCCGAGCCGUCCAGGGCGCCCCCGAAGCCCAGCGCGGCGCCCUGCAGCUCCUUCGCCAAGAUCCCGCACUCCCCGGCCCGGGCAGCCAGGGCCGAGCACAGGAGGGCCGCCGCCCCGGCCCCCUACAGCCCCCCGAACCCCAGGCCCCUGUCCAGCCCUCUGGACGAGCUGGCCAGCCUCUUCAGCUCGGGAAGGAGCGUGCUGCGGAAGUCGGCCGCGGGGAGGAAGAUCCGGGAAGCUGAAGGUUUUGAAACUAACAUGAACCUAACUGGCCGGGAUGAUCCUAGUACAUCAGAAAUUGCUUCGGAGACUCAAGAUAGAAAUGCAAAUAACCAUGGAAUUCAAUUAUCUAAUUCACUGUCUAGUGCUAUUACUGCAGAAAAUGGAAAUUCCGUCUCAAAUGGCUCGCCUGAAGAGGACCGGUACUCACGGCUGAGUGUGAGUGGCACGGCCACGCCAUCGCUCCAGAGGCACCGGGACAGCCACACCACUCAGGUCAUCCAUCAGCUGAGGCUCUCGGAGAAUGAGAGCGUGGCCCUGCAGGAGCUCCUCCAGUGGAGGCGCAAGCUGUGCGAGGAGAGAGAAGACUGGCAGCAGGCCCUGCACCACAGCGAGCCCAGGGCGCCUCCGCCGCCUCCCUGCAAGAAGCCCACUCUGCUGAAGAAGCCCCAAGGGGCCUCCUGCAACAGGCUGCCCUCUGAGCUCUGGGACACCACCAUCUGAUGGGCCUGGACUGCAGACCCGGAGCCAGACUGCCUAGUGAAUCCAGGCUGCGUCCACAGCAGCUGCCUUCCGACACGCUGGGUCUUCCCUCCACGCAUUCACACGAAAAAGCCCAGGACACUGACGCUGGCUAGACAAGACUUCCUGUGUGUGUGUGUGUGUGUGUGUGUGUGUGUGUGUGUGUCUUCGUUCUUUCUUAUCCAUUUUGUGGUAAUACACUCUGAUUUUCGGGAUCCACGUCUAUAGGGUGCACUGCCCCCCGGGAAAGGGCAGAAAGGCUGAGGAGAGCGUGGGUGAGCGGAGGGUGCAGAGAACAGUGUGGGAAGCAGAGCCACGCGACUGCGUGCUGUGUCCGUACAGCCCCAGACACGGCCUUUGUCCUCAUGAGCACUGGUCGAGGUGCAGUGCACAGGACAUACCUUUCGUUUCUUUGUAGGUGCGUGUGUUUUAUUGGAAUUUCAAACCUGGUGAUUAUUUACAUGUUUAUUAUUGUAUUUUAUAACUUUCUGAAAAUGGUGGUGCUCCCUUUCUUCAAAAAUACAGAUUUUAAAAGGUCAUUUCUAGUUUUUUUUUUUCCCCUCCACACACCUUUUUUUUAACCGAAAGCACCUGGAACCCUUGAAACGGUCGCUUUGGCUUUGCCGUGUCACCCUGAAGAAGCCUGGGCGAGUCCAGGUCUAGCUGCCCUCUGUUAAGAGGACGCAGUCCUGCACUGUGUUUUGGGUAAGCGGCUUGUGCACCCCCUAGUUGAACCCCACCCCCCAUACCAGCUUUGGCAUAGGCUACAGGCAGCUCGUGGCACUCAGACUCACGGCUGGUGGUGCACAAAAGGUGUAGAUGAGCAGACGGAGCCACGCUGCUUCCCGCAGCCACAUUGCAUUGCAAGACGCCCGCGAGCCACGUUGCAUGCCUCGCUUGCUGUGUCCCUCACCUGCUGUGACGCAAGGCCUUGUCCCCCUGUGCUUCCGCCGGCUGUCGGGAAACUCUGGGCAGUGCCCGGACCCCUCUGUCUUGCUACACGGACCUUUUAUCCAUACCAGCCUUUGAAAAGUUACUGUGCCAAUAAAAGGGUCAACUGUG